CAACAGUUCACCAGUAGCUGUCGUGAAGGGAGGAUCGCAUAAACAAAUGUCCAGCGUUCACUCUUCCUUACUAAAUUCAGAUAAACAAAAUCAGAAAAGUGCAAGUGAAAGUGAGAGUCUCCACGUGCAGUUACUUCAAUUCGAUGUUUUCCACUGGAUCUCUGCACUCAGAAACAUGAGGGGUAGCAACUCGUCGAGGAGGAAAGUUCGCAUGCGCUCGUAGGUUUUUACUUGUCAACAAAUAGAUGAAGAUGAAUCGGUACAUAACGCUCAAUCAACUGGGCGAUGGGACUUUUGGGUCAGUUGUCCUCGGACAGAGGGUCGACACUGGCGAGAAAGUUGCCAUCAAGAGGAUGAAGAGAAAGUACUACUCCUGGGAGGAGGCCAUGAAUUUACGCGAAGUCAAGUCCUUGAAGAAGUUGAGUCACGCGAAUGUCGUCAAACUCAAGGAGGUCAUUAGAGAGAACGACAUUCUAUAUUUUGUUUUCGAGUAUAUGAAGGAGAAUCUUUACCAAUUGAUGAAGGAUAGGGAUAAAUUAUUUCCUGAGCCAGUAGUGAGGAAUAUGGUGUACCAGAUCCUGCAGGGUCUGGCAUUUAUGCACAAACAUGGUUUCUUCCAUCGAGAUAUGAAGCCGGAGAAUCUUCUCUGUAUGGGACCUGAAUUAGUGAAAAUCGCUGAUUUUGGGUUGGCCAGGGAAAUACGUUCUAGGCCUCCCUACACCGACUACGUAUCAACUAGAUGGUACAGGGCACCGGAAGUGCUUUUACACUCAACCACCUACAACAGUCCCAUUGACAUUUGGGCAGUUGGUUGUAUAAUGGCAGAGUUAUACACAUUCAGGCCAUUAUUUCCUGGAAAAAGUGAAAUCGACGAGAUCUUCAAAAUUUGCGCAGUAAUAGGAACACCGGACAAGGACGACUGGCCCGAGGGCUACCAAUUGGCCUCAGCAAUGAACUUUAAAUUUCCCAUUUUACCGAGAACACCCUUGAAGGACCUUAUUCCAAAUGCCAGCCAGGAAGCGAUUGUUAUAAUGGAGGACAUGAUGGAGUGGAAUCCGAUCAAAAGACCCACCGCACAACAGGCACUCAGGUAUCCCUACUUCGAGGUGAACAAUGUCACGAGAGUCGUCAGUGGCAGAAAGCUGGGAAAUGCCCAGAGGGAGAUGGCGAUUAAUAAAGUCAAUUUCCCACCGCCGGGAUCGACUUUCAAUCAGGAUGUUAACAGGAAUAUCCUGGAGUCUAGGGCUGCGGAAAAAAAUCCGGUGCAGGUGCAACCGAUCUUGCCACUUUUGAAUCAUAAUAGGAAACGGGAGAGCCUGCCGAGUUGGGAGGAUGAAGAAUAUAUUAAUUCAUUGGGGAACAAACUACUUUCUGAUAACACGAGUGCUAAACUCGUAUCAGAUCGUGUCUACAAAGAGAACAGAGUCAGCUGGAACGAGGAAUAUGGAAUUGAAAAUCAAAAGCAGUUGAAUGCUAGUUGGGUGACUCCAGCCUGGAACGAUGCUGUGCCAUCCAGAAACUGGAAUAACACCCAGACGAAUCCCAAAAAUACCAGGAAAGUUUCAGCGAAACAGCAUUAUCUCAGUGUCGCUCGGUACGUCGCUGGCCAGAGCACAAACUUAUCCUCCAGGAAUGGUGAAGGAGAGGGGGGUCGAUCGAGAAUUGUUCUGAAUGGUUUGGGAGCCCAACCGACCCCCGAGAAGCUGGCAGAGGUUUCCGACUCCUUCUGGGGUCAGAGAGACAGUAUUGAUAGCCAAACGACACUCCACUAUCUUGCGAGGAACCGCUACAUCGCGGAACAGAAUGGGAGAAUGCCUUAUCCGAGUGUUUAUGGCACUCAGGCCAUCAAAGCGCCUAACAAAACAAUUAUCCAGCCAAAUUUAUUUGGAAGUGUGUUAACGUCACGUCCCAGUGGUGGAGUCCACGGCAGAACAGACUGGGCGGCCAAGUACCUCAAAUAACCCUUCCCCUGGAAGGUCCGACUGUGAUA